AUGGAUGCAACCUCCCUCUCUUGCAGCAUCUGCAACAAAAAGCCCCAGUUCAGCGACAUCUCUCAUCUUCUUACCCAUAUUGCCUCAAAGGCCCAUCUUGCAAGUCACUUCAGGCUCCAGGUAAAAAGCCAUCAUGACCCUUUCGCUAAUGAGGCUUUGACUCAAUAUGACCAAUGGUAUGAGGAAAAUGAUAUUGCUCGACUGCUCUCUGACCGUAUGGCUUCGUCGAAGUCAUCUCGAAGGCGACCGAGUAAUCGAUCGCUCGGAACAGAAACUGAUGUGCCGUCUCAAUCAUCGUUCACUUUCCCUGAAAACAAUAUCGACCCCCGUCUAUCUGACGCCUACCAGCCCCUGACCGAAGGUGGCCAUGACAGAAUCAAGGUCUCUUCAUUGAUCAAUUCUUCUGACCCAAGAGGGAUGUUUGCUCCCAAAGUCGAAACAGGGUCACCGUUACCAGGAAUCGAGAACAUCCCAUGGUAUGGCCACAACAGGGGCAGACACAGCUUUGAGCACAAAUACAACCCGUUCCUUUCCAUGGAACUACACGGAACACCACUCAAGGAAAAAGAGAAUCUAGAAUUCUCUGGCUCCAACCUUGAUAUUCCAGAAGAUAAAAAAGUUGACGAGGUCUCUAGACUGAAAGGGAUUCAGUGGCCGGGCAUGGACUGUUUCGACGCUGCGUCGGAUGCCAUGAAGCGCCAAAGAAACCAGAAAAAAGACGCUAGUACUUUCAAAGCGAUGGAGGCGGCUUCCUGUGCCAGCGAACCGAGCGAACUAGUGUUUUCCCCUUCGGGGACAUUGCGGAGAGAGCGUCAAAUUACUGGAUUUGUCGAAGAGGAUGAUCUUCUCCCUGGAGAGUGGACUAUUCCAAAAUAUCGUCGAGACCGUCGCGAUCGCCGUGGUCGUGAGAUACAGGAGACGUCUACUGCUCGUGGCAGGCAGGGAUCCCAACGUAUUGCACUUGCCGUGGCGGAUGCCAAUCGGUCGGUACUCGGAGGUCGGGUAGCAAAAAGAGAACCUCAGGCGAAGCGUUCAGCAUUAGGGGAUGAAAAGCGUCGAGAGCCCUCGAUCCAGAUUACCUCUUCCAAAAGCAAAGACCACGGGCUUUCUCAUGGCCAUUUUCGUCGUACCUACGAUGAAGAUGUUGAUUUACAACUUUCGGCUGGGCCCACUGGCCGACGACGUCUUAGGUCUCGACUGAACAUCUUCAGAGAUAAUCACACUCCCGAGGUAGAGCACAAGCGUGAUGCUCCUAGCCUCGACAUAGUCUCACAUCCUACCACCCGCAAUGAGCAGCACGGUCUGACGUAUCAGCAACGAGCGAGUGAUGCUCUCCAUAACCUGAUGGAGACGAACGAUUCGUAUAAGAUGCCAACGCUAUCACAUGAUACUGGGCCAACUGCUGAGCACAGUGACUCCCACAAUCGUACAAGCGCUCCAAAUACAUCCAGAAAUAUCGAUGGUAUAUAUCUCGUCGACACAGCCAUCGGCCCAACCCACCGAGUCCCAUACGAUCCCCUUGUUGGAGGCAACGUACUUCACUAUCGAUGGGACUGGCAUGGCACUGAAUUGGGACGAGGCGCGAAUGAUGCCGACGACUCCAUGCUCGAUGGUAGCUUAUUCUAUAACCGUGCAGUAUCCACUGACUCGACAAUUUACCAGGACGAGCAGGAUACUAAGAGCUGCCUCUGGCUCGACGGCAGCUAUGGCCGAUGAAUGAAGCCAAUGCACAAACCGAUUUUAUAACCCACUGGGGUAUUAUCCAUUGCAUCUCUUUCUCUUUUAUGAGCAAGUCUGCUUGCUAUAACAGACACCCACCUUCAUUUGACAAUCCGAUGCUUCGAGACUUGGCAUUGAUAUUCGAACU